AUGGCUAAGGAAGCAACAAACGGGUCGAACAUUGUGAGCACCAAGCCACCUCCCGAGCCCUCGCCACUAAGGAGGGCUAAAUUUUUUCAGGCAAACAUGAGGAUUCUAGUCACCGGUGGAGCUGGAUUUAUAGGCUCCCACUUGGUUGACAAACUCAUGGAAAACGAGAAAAACGAGGUGAUUGUUGUGGAUAAUUACUUCACCGGCUCUAAGGACAACCUUAGCCAAUGGAUUGGUCAUCCGCGAUUUGAGCUUAUUCGUCAUGAUGUUACGGAACCUUUAUUAAUUGAAGUCGACCGGAUAUACCAUCUUGCUUGUCCUGCUUCUCCGAUUUUCUACAAAUACAAUCCUGUGAAGACAAUCAAGACAAAUGUGAUUGGAACACUUAACAUGUUGGGACUUGCCAAGAGAGUUGGAGCUAGGAUUUUACUGACAUCAACCUCAGAGGUUUAUGGUGAUCCACUUGUGCACCCUCAGACUGAAGACUACUGGGGCAAUGUGAACCCUAUCGGAGUUAGGAGUUGUUACGACGAGGGCAAAAGAGUUGCUGAAACAUUGAUGUUUGACUAUCACAGACAGCAUGGAAUUGAGAUUCGGAUUGCAAGAAUCUUCAAUACAUACGGACCCCGGAUGAAUAUUGACGAUGGUCGAGUCGUCAGCAACUUCUUGGCUCAGGCAAUACGUGACGAGCCUUUGACAGUUCAGUUGCCCGGAACACAAACAAGGAGCUUUUGUUAUGUAUCUGAUAUGGUUGAUGGUCUUAUUCGACUGAUGGAAGGCGAUAAUACCGGGCCUAUCAACAUAGGCAAUCCAGGUGAAUUUACAAUGGCUGAACUUGCUGAGACUGUGAAGGAGAUGAUUAAUCCAGAAGUGAAAAUCAUAAGCGUAGAAAACACUCCAGACGACCCUCGGCAGAGGAAACCGGACAUAUCAAUGGCUAAGGAGUUGUUGGGAUGGGAACCGAAGGUCAAAUUGCGCGAUGGCAUUCCCCUUAUGGAGGAGGAUUUUCGCAAGAGGCUCGGGAUUUCGAGGAAGAACUGA